CGGCCCCCGCCUGCCUCCAGGCUCCCUUCGGUCCCACUCCUCAGCUCCGUGCGCAAGGUCGUGUCCCGGAAGUGAAGGGGCCAUGUUGGUGGGUGACCCCAGGAGAGAUACCGGGCGAGAGGCGAAUCCCGAGGAGUGGAAGCGCGCGCGGUCCGCAGCCUGACGCCCAGCCCCUGUCAGUCCCCCAUGGCCCCAUGGAGCCGAGAGGCGGUGCUGAGUCUCUACCGGGCUCUGCUGCGCCAAGGCCGAGAGCUUCGCUACACUGAUCGAGACUUCUACCUUGCCUCCAUCCGCCGUGAGUUCCGGAAAAAUCAGAAGCUAGAGGAUCCUGAGGCCCGGGAGAGGCAGCUGGAAAAGGGCCUGGUAUUCCUCCACAGCAAACUGGGAGGGAUUAUUUAG